CAUAGUUGUUUGACUGUUUAGGCGGUUGACAGGAAAGCGGAACUAGCGAGCUAGCAGCACAUUAGCCGAGUUGCCCCAGGAUCCUGCCCCUUGUUUGCCACACUGCAAAGCCCAACAGCAACCUUUAGGACAAUGCCGCAGAAUAUCGAGCUCGGUGCCGCAGGGGGAGCCUCCAAACAGGACAGCAGCAACAUGGAAGACAUGAGUGUGGAACAGAUGACCAUGAGGGCCAACCAAGUGACCGACGAGUCACUGGAAAGCACACGCAGGAUGCUGCAGAUGUCAGAGGAGAGCAAACAGACCGGCGUCAACACCAUGGUGAUGUUGGACCAGCAAGGAGAGCAGCUGAGGCGUGUGGAUGAGGGCAUGGACCAGAUCAACCAGGACAUGAGACAGGCUGAGAAAAACCUGACUGACCUCUCCAAGUGCUGCGGCCUCUGUGUCUGCCCCUGUGACAGGGUGUCGUCAAUCGAGCACGACUCAAAAUACAAGCGUACCUGGGGUAUUGGAGGAGGUGACGGCGAAAUUGAUUCCAAUGGCUCAACAGUAGUCUCAAGGCAGCCCUCAGGUGUCCGCAAUGGCCAGGCUGCCCAGGCGAACGCCCCGGCGCCCUCAGGCCCAUACAUCAAGAGGAUCACCAACGAUGCACGCGAGGAUGAGAUGGAGGAGAAUCUGGAUGCUGUGGGCGGCAUCAUUGGCAACCUGAAAACGAUGGCUAUGGACAUGGGCAAUGAGAUAGACAAGCAGAACAAACAGAUCGACGGCAUCACUGCCAAGGCGGACAUGAAUAAAGUUCGUAUCGAUGAAGCCAACCAGAGAGCCAACAAGCUCAUCAAGUAGACAAGGAACCCCGCUUCCGCCAGUUUUAUCCAUCAACCUUGAGCCUCUGUCGCUGCACCCAUACACACACACACACACACACACUGCCUUGUUGUGCACAUGCGCAAACACACACUCUUAGACAUAAAAAAAAUUCAGUCUGGAAGAAUAUUUUUGCCAGCAGUGUGCCUGCCUUUACUGCACCAAGAUGUAAGUUGAAUACACAAACAUUUAUACAUUUUAUCAAUUGACUACCAAUAUAGCCUUUGACAUAUGUAUUUCAUAGUCAUGCUGGACUUUGAGAAGCAGGCUGGGCAUCAGAAACUGCAUGCAGAUGUGACUGACUGCCUAUAUCUGCUGUUUGAUACCAAAUGUGCACAAGACCUGUUGUAUCAUAUCUCAUUCACAGGAAGGAAAGCGGCACAGGUCAGCUGCUUUUCUUUCUUAUUUUUUCCUCUUUUCUGCCUUUCUCUUAAAGUCAGGAACUAUGAACUUUCUCUCUUUGUCUGUGUGCGUCUCUGGUUUGUAUGGAUGAGGUCACAGAUCCAGACUCAUUAACUAUCCUUUAGUGAUAUACAGCACAGCGUUAACUUAUGUAUCACCUCCUGAUGGUCCUGUCUCCAUACAGCUACAUCUAGUUGAAUCAAAAAAACAUUGAUUUUAGUCUGAAAAUGUAUCUUCCUCAAAUUCUUAUUGGUUCAAUGUGUAAUUAAGUUUAUUGUAUCAUGUAUUAUUUUGAGAUGACAUGCUUAUUUAAUUAUUCUUUAUCAAGCAGAAAUGACCUGUGAAUAAAGUUGUGUUUUUUAACACUUUGUUCUCAUGUCAUUUGUGCCGUUUGAGAUGUAAAAGCUAUUUCAAAAAAUAUCAAAUGUUGUGCUUUGGGGGUGAGUCAUGGCAAAUUCUUUCAUGCUGGCUUUCAAAGCACCUACCCCUGAAUGAUAGCAAUUUAAAGUUUUCGUUUUCUGACUACUGAGAAGUCAAGGUUGUUUGUAACAUUUUGCGAAAAAGAAUUGUGAGUCGGUGACCUGGUGUUAGAAAUUUUAAUAUAUAUAGCAAUCACUUGUCCUUCAAAUGUGAAGGAGGGUCAGUACACAUCAUAAGUAACGUUCAUCAUUAGCUCCUCCAAGGCAUCUAGUUUAGUUUAUAAUAACACUGAAUAUGAGAAACACAAGAGUGAAUGGGUGAAUAAAAGUUGAUUUGUCAUCAGUGGAUCAACUGCUGUACUUCAUAUUUAGCGUCUCUCUAGGUUUUUCCACUCUGAGCGCAGUGUUGAUGUACAUACUGAAACAUACUAUAGCUAUAGUCAUUCUGUUAAUCUAAUUGCAUUCUUCUUUCCUCCUGGUUAAUAGAGAUUUAUAGCACCCGAGAGGAGAUUUAACAGCCUAUGCAGGGUUCCUACACAAGUCUGGUUAUGUGCGGAAAAUUAAUUUCCUCAAGUUUGAUAAUUGCAGUCUGUAUGAAAACAAAUGUUCAGUCCUGAAACAGACGGCUGUACAUUGUUUAAUCUACUAUCAUUUCUCAUAUUAGCUCACUGGGUCACUGUCGUUAUGGCAUAUGCAGGGAUUUUGUCAUAAUGAAAAUGACUGAGAAUCUUACAAAUUAAAGCUAUCAGUCAGGAAAAUGUUUUAAUUUAGGAAUGGGAGAAUGUGCAGGACCCGGUUAUUGCCUUUUUAUAGAUGCUCUAUGGUUGUGUUCUAACAGCCAGUGUAUCACAAACAGCUCCUCUUGCAUCUGUUCUGUAAAUAGCCAGUUUUCACAGCAGGGCUACAGUAAAAUGAUAAUAUCUGAUCAUGGAAAGCAUAAUUUGUUUUGUCGAAGCCGUAGCCAGGCUGAGAAAUUACUGCUGGCAGCAAGAUGCAAAAGUGUACAUGUAAAUGAAUGAUGUUUAAGGGGUAAACAUAGAAGCAGAAUAAGUUGUGGCGGGCUGUUAAGGCCUCGCUGUGGGAAAUUGAUAAAGUGAUACAGUAUGCUGAAAGUAUCUCUCAUAUGCAUCUUCUGGCUUGUUUGUUUUGGGAAAAAAAUGAUAAUUUGUAUUCUCUGCUGCAGGCAUACACCUAUUGAGUUUGUAAAGAUUGAAAUGAACUGUUAUUCAGGGCUUUGUAUUGCUAUAAGUGAUCACCCUCAGCCUGUUACUUGUCAGCUGAGAUCUAAUUAGUCUAGCCUAAGGCCGCCUCGCUGUCUUGAGGCUGUUUAUUCAUUGUUGUACCAACAGCCACUGGAAUGUAAAUCCAACCGUUUUGUCUAUUUUGAAUAUGUUCAUAUGCAGGUCGUCUUAUCUGAAAUUAGCUUGGUUAACGGAUGACUGUACAACAAAGUAAAAAUGCCUUUUGUUUUCAUGGCUGCCUCUGUUAAAUAUUUGUACUCAAUAAAUCUAUUUUGAAAUUCAUUGUAUUGCACCUUUUUAAUGUAUUAACAAUUAUAAUAAAAUCAGUAUUCAUUCAAAAUAGGCAACCGUGGUCAUGAAUUUCAAAGUUUAGCUUGAGGUCAAUAAAUCAGCCCAAACUGUAUUGUUUCAGGAGUUUAUUUUAAAGUUUAUUCUCUCAAAAUGUAUUUGAUAUUUAUUGUCAACAUUUUUGGAUAUUUUACAUAGCUAGAGAGUACAAAAUGCAGAUUAAAAACCACUGAACAGAAAAGGCAGGUAGGAAGGAGUGGAGGAAUAAACAAAGUGGAUGGAGGUGACAGAGUAGAAGUGUCAGAAUCUGAGUUACUGUAGAUAGAGUGACCCAUAAAAACAAGACUGGAUACAUGUGAUGCAAGUUUCCCAAACCAUUGCGAGCUUUAUAACAGAGAAAUGUGACUACUGGCACUAGUAGCACAGACGUGAUGUUCUUCUGGUCGUUUCUUGUUUUGGACGGCCUCGAGAAGAUCAUAUAUUUAAGAACUACUUUGUUCCUUUGUAAGUAAUCUAGACAGAGAUCAUCAUGAUGCUACCACAUUUCCUCCUGAGCUGAACAGUCAUGUUUAUCUUUCUACACCUGACUUCCAUUGUUUCAAUGAGGUCACUUGAGUUGGGUCGUAGUUCAGGGACAGAGCCCACAGUACAAGGCAAGACGGCAGUGGGAGAGUGUAUGUGUGAGCCACCAUCCAUCCUGGUGACAAAUUAACAUCUACAAACGCUGUUCCAUAUAUUGUACAUACUCUAUAUUCCUUGUAUGCAUAUAUAGAUUACAAUUUCUUAUUCUAUAAUGGCUUUAUUGUUAAAUGUACCAAAUUUUGCACUUCCUUCCUUUCUCCCCUUACAUUCAUAUUAAAGACACAUUCUCUCAGCUCCAUACUGGUACUGUAUGAUCCUCUCCUUAGAUCAAGAGCAUGCCUGGUCCUGUUGUGUGGUUUGGAAAAGCAGUCAAGAUUCAUCUGACCCAGCUUGUCCUAGACUUUGGCUGGUACCGUAAAAACCUUUUGAAUAAUAGUCCGGGCGCCUUUUCUGCUUUUACGAGAGCACCUGGUUUAAACUCUAGUUGGCUGUAAUUUGACACUCAUACAAUAAAUUUGAGUUUGUGAGACCAGAGGGGUGUUUCAUAAAUGCAGAUUACCAGUUAAACCAUGCUUAUUUCAGCAAGUCGGGCCUAUUUUUACAUGAAGGAGGUUUAAAUAAGACCUGAAACAGGCUUUUUUUUUUAAAGUUUCUGUGUUUAAGGAGCUGCACUUAAAAAUGUAUCUUUUCCAGCCUUCAUUCCAGUCAACAUAUGUCUUUUAAAUGCACUGCAAUUUACAAUAACAAAAAACAACUCUGACCCGAUGACUGUUGCUUCAUAGUAAGCAGCAUUUUCACCAUUUGUUCUCUCUUUAAUUGCAUUUUUAAAAUAAUGAAGAACUAGGCAUCCAGAAACCACUGGCAGGCAGCCAAUUUCAAGGUAUUUAAAUUGUGUUUUCACCAUGUGGGGGCUGUUAUUUCACUAAGUGGCAAAGUAAUACUGACACAGAAGUUUAGGUUCUAAAAAUGCUAAUUAUCUUCUUGUCAUUGCCGUGCUUUAAAAUAAAUUACUAAGCUGGGGUCUUAAUGUACAUUUCAAAGUUGCUUAAUGGCAUCUUGUAUUUUAUAUAUCUACUUAUUAUUUUUUAGUCUCACUGUUGACCCACCGCAUUCAGCCAGAAGUUGUCUCUAUUUUGUUUAUGGCAGUGGUUUUGUCCAUUUUCUUUAUUCUGAAUUAACGUUAUCAGUGCUUCACGUCUCGGGUCCAAACUUGACUUUAGGAAAUUGAUUAAUCCUGGUUCAGUUUGUUAGGCUAAUUUCAAGUUGAGGCUUUUCACAAUAAGACUGACUUUUCUGAGCCACCUUUAUGAAACACCCUUCAUAUAUAUGAUAACAGAAUAUAUUUUCACGUGUGUCUCUACAAGCCAAAGUUGAAGACAAAUAAGGCAGGUCAAGUUGGUCUUGAUUGAAGGUUCAAGAAUAUCACAAUAGCACCAUAUCAAACUAACGUAAAACAUACUUCAUGCAUCUGUAGAUAUAUAAACUGUAUAUGUAUAUAUGUUAAUGAUUAGAUAUGAAAUUUAGGGUUCAAUACACAAGUGUUGAAUAUAUUUCAAGUUCACAGAAAUAACUACUGCCACAGUUCAGUUGAGAAUACAGAAUGAGUGGUUCAAUAUUCAAAACUGACUGAUUGUGGUGUCUCAUGACAAUGCUCAGAUGUCAUCAGUUAAAAUCUCAACAGUCAAACCCUUCACAGUGCAUAGCGCAUUUAUUUUUGCAUGCCUGCAAUUAACACUUAGUGUGUGUGUGCACUGUACAGCACUGCACUACGGUAUGCUGAUCACCAAGUCUUAACACCGCAUUUACAAAGCUUCACUCUGUUCUGGUUCUAUAGGUAGCGUUUAGCGCUCCAAAUUCAAACAGCACAGUAUUACAGUUCACAACCAUUAUAUAAGGCAGAUUAAUAAAAGUACUCUUCAGUACUCUUGAGUCACCCUAUGUUCAUUACAGGCCUUCGUAUCGUACAUAGCUAUGUCGUAGCAUGCCAUACCAAAGCCAAAAUUGCAGCAAAAGUAACACAAAAAAAAA